GUCUAUCUCUCUGAUGGUAAAGGAUGCAGGAUUAGGGAGGACUCUGGCGAACAUAAAGCACUUGUAUCUAGACGAAGGCACACACCCAUAUUUACACACACUCACAAUACUCACAGCUCGGGAGCCCAGGUGACUGCACGGAGGACAUCAUUGUUUAAUCAUUACGAGAGUUGGAACUUCAGAGGUGCUCUACUAAACUGCAGAAUGGCAUCCCAGGCUCCAGGUAUGGCAAACAAAGGUCCAUCUUAUGGGCUGAGCCGCCAAGUGCAGGACAAAAUCGAGCAGAAGUACGACCCUGAGCUGGAGGGCCGUCUGGUGGAGUGGAUUGUGGCUCAGUGCGGCUCUGAGGCGGGCAAGCCAGAGGCAGGGAAACCGGGCUUCCAGGCCUGGCUUAAAGAUGGAUGUAUUUUGUGCGAGCUCAUCAACAGUCUGUGUAAGGACAAGCCGGUGAAGAAGAUCCAGAGCUCCAGUAUGGCUUUCAAACAGAUGGAGCAGGUGUCUCAGUUCCUCAAUGCUGCUGAGCAGUACGGCGUCAUUAAAACAGACAUGUUCCAGACCGUCGAUCUGUGGGAGGGAAAGGACUUGGCCGCCGUGCAGAGAACACUCAUGGCUCUGGGCAGCAUCGCAGUAACGAAAGAUGAAGGCACCUUCCGCGGUGAUCCCAACUGGUUCUUCAAGAAAGCUCAGGAGAACCGUAGAGACUUCACUGAAGACCAGAUAAAAGAAGGGAAAAACGUCAUAGGUCUGCAAAUGGGAUCCAAUAAAGGGGCGUCUCAGUCUGGCAUGACAGGCUAUGGUAGACCUCGACAAAUCAUGAACCCAUGAAUCUCCACAUUCUGACCUUCAGCCCUGACCAUUCAGUCCAAAUAUCAUAAUGGCAGUGUAAUAAAUGAUUGACAAGGACAAUGUGAUACUAAAACAA